AUGUUAGAAUCAGAAGAAGAUGAACGGACGAUUCUGGAUUACUUCAACACUAAUGAGUACUGCUGGCGCGCCGUGCUGCGAUAUGUGCAUGUUAAAGACCUCAUAAGGACAGAGCGCGCCAGCCGCCGGUGGCAGGAGGUAGUGCUGACGUACUUGAAAGGAGCACGAAUCUGUAUCACAAUUGGAAAAUAUAAUAUUAAUGAGGAACCUAACGUCUGUAGGUUGAACCGUUCAUCAUUCAAUUCAUUUGAGAGUUGGACCAAAAAGAAAGAACUGGGCUCCUUGGUUGUGGCCGCUUAUUGCGUUGGUUUGAAGAAUCUAGAAAUUAUCAAAGAAAACUGCCGGAACAUAGAAGCCCUCGAGCUUCAGGACGUGCAAUGUCGAGCACCAAAGCAACUGCGCCCACACAAUCUACGUGAUAACUUCAAGCGCCUGCAACAGCUCACGUUAAUAUCGUGUUCGAUAACAGACAGCUGUGUGAACCAAUUCGUAGCAGAUAAAGCCUUAGAAGGACUAAAAUUCUACGAUUGUGACGCUUUGACUGGUGCUUGCUUCAAAAAAAUGAACUUGUCAAAUUUAAAGUCCCUUGAGAUUGAUAUGUGUAGCGGUUUUGAGUCCCAACACAUGCUUCCAGCCUUUGACCGUCUUAGCGAGCUGACGAAGUUAAACCUGUGUAAUAUUUCUAGUGAAUUUCUUGAAGAAAUUCAGGUUGGGUUGGAUAAGAUGCCGAAAUUGGAGAAGUUAGAUCUGAAUAAUGAUCAGACAAUAAGAGGGGAGGAAUGCGGUGAGCAACUGAGUCGGCUGGCGCGGUUGAAGCAACUCAGGCUGGCGUACCAGAUGUCUGACGAGGACAUAGAGGCGAUCACGCGGUGCUGCACGGAGCUGGUGAUUUUGGAUUUAUCAGACUGUCGAUCAAUGUGGCGCGACAGCGUACGCUCGAUAUGGAAGAACGCGGGCGCGCGCCUCACGUCGCUCACGCUCGGGCGGUACUACUACUUGAAGGACGCCGACGUCGUGGCGCUCAUCCGCGGCUGUCCAAACCUCACGGAGCUGGCGGUGUCGGGCACGCGGCAGCUGACGCGCCGCCUGCCGGCGCGGGCGGCGGCCGCGCGGCGCGCCGCGGCGCCCGGCCGCGUGCUGCAGCUCGACCUCAGCUUCACCAAUCUCUCGAGCAGCCUUUGUGUGGAAGAUACGGAUGCCGAUGGACCAUAUCCAGAUGUUUUGAGAAAGAAGUACGAGGGCUUAGAUAUCAUAUUCAUCGAAAUUUGAUUAUUUUAAGCGAAAGUUAAUUGUAUGGG